UUAUGAUUGUCUUUCAUUUCUAGAGACAAUUGUUCAACUUAGUUUGCUGUAUCAAAAUGGCAGAGAUUAUCAAGCCCAGAGUAUUUCUUGACAUCACUAUUGGAGGAGAGAAGGUUGGGCGCAUAGUUUUGGAGUUGGAUAGUGUACAGUUUCCCAAGACUGCUGAAAACUUCAGAGCUCUGUGCACUGGAGAAAAAGGCACUGGCAAGAUGGGCCAUCCUCUUCAUUAUAAAGGAUGCACUUUUCACAGAGUGAUCAGCAACUUCAUGGUUCAGGGUGGUGACUUUACCAACCAUGAUGGCACUGGUGGUGAGAGCAUCUAUGGCGAAAAAUUUGAAGACGAGGGUUUUGGCAUGAAGCACAGCGGCCGUGGCAUACUUUCCAUGGCCAACGCCGGCCCUGGAACCAACGGUAGUCAGUUCUUCAUCACAUGCACAGACACACACCACCUCGACAACAAGCACGUGGCAUUUGGUCAAGUCCUGCACGGCAUUGGAGUUGUGGGCGUCAUUGAAAAAACUGAGGUUAUGGAUGAGAAGCCGCUACAGCGCGUGGAGAUCGCUGAUUGCGGUGAAUUGCCACCUGAUGCCGCGCCUGGCAUUGUUGAGGAGGAUGGCACGGAGGAUAUUUACCCCCAGUAUCCUGAGGACCUGCCAACCUCGCUUCUCGACCUCUACACAGCCCCCAUGAAUGAUCUACUUGAAAUGUUGAACAAAAUAAAAAGCUCUGGGAAUCACUUCUUCAAGAACCAGGAUUACCCAGAAGCUAUUUUCAAGUACAGGAAAUGUUUAUGCUACAUGGAGCAUGUGGAAGGUCUGAGUUCGACGCCGUCCUUGCCGCCGUUCAGCAAAGAGCCUCCUGAGCCACGACCGGAGCCUCGCGCCCUCCCUUCUGAAGAGGAACAGCUCGAGCUGCAGAGCCUGCGAGUGUCAUGUCUGCUCAACAGAGCGCUGUGCUUCACCAAGUCUGGCAAGACUCAUGCUGCUGUACUGGACUGCGAUCAGGUGCUGUCACUAGACCCAAGCAACGCGAAGGCGCUGUUCAGGCGUGGCCAGGCGCUUCACCUGUGUAAGGAUUUCUCCAGCGCUCGCGAGAGUUUGGAGCAAGCGCGUAAAAUAGUCCCCAAUGACAAAGCAAUCGUCAUGGAACUCAGCGCCGUCAACGCUAAAAUCAAAGCAGCCAAGGACAAAGAAAAAGCAGCCUAUGCCAAAAUGUUUCAGUGAAUGGUGUUUUUUACGGCAUAAAAUUAGUAGGUUUUCGAGACGAUGACGUGGCGACGAUUCAAUCAGGUUGACCUGUUACGUAAAUUGCUCAGUUUUCCGCUAAUCUUAUUGGCUCUCUGAGUAAUUUUCCUCUUUUUUUUACAGCUGUAAAAAACUUGAAAGUUUACCUACACUUUCCACAUUGAGUUUUUUUUCACUCUUUGCUAACAUGAAUGCGCUUCUGAUUAAAAAUUUAUUGACACUGACCUUACUGAAUUCAAUUAUUCAUAAUUAAAUGCCAGCGAAUUGAAUUCGCAGAUUCAAUUAUUCGGAUUUCGUAAUGGGAGAAAUAACUUUUUAAAGGUUCUAUAUGUUGGAAUAAAUACUUUUGUGACUAAAUUCAUUACUAACGCGGCAGUAAGUUUUAGGACCGUACAUGAAGUGGUUUAGACUAAAUUCGGGCAUUGUUGCGAGUCCUAAACGUUGCCAUCGUUUUGUAGUCCAUACGUUUCUCGCAAACAAACCAAACAUUUGUUGCUCUCUAUUCUGCUAACAUUUCGCUAAACUGAAAAUUAUGCUGUUUACUAGCUCUUACUUGCAUUGACAGCUAACUGUCAGAGCAGAAAUUUUGAGGCAUGGAUGUAUGUAUAACUGAAGUUUUCAUACAGAGAGUAUCUCACGGUUGUUUCCGUCAUGAUUUGCAAACUUUGAGAUUUUGUUUGGUCAAGCUUGCCUGCAUUUUGUCUAACCAUUAUUAAAAAUCUUCGACGCCA